CCUUUCAGAAGGUGGACACCAGCAAGAAGACACAAAAUGGCAACAGGAAUAUCAGUGAUCACUGUGGGAGCUGUGUUCCUAGUUGUGCUGCUGCUGAUGGUACUGAUUUGCAUUUCUGGUCAGAGAGACAAAUCUGUGCAGAAGGACCGCAAGGGAAGUAAGUCUACAGUAGUUGAAUCUGGACUGCUGCAGUAUCUCUAUCAGUUCCUUCCCUGCUCCUCCUCUCCUUCCCUCCCAGGUCCUCCCAGCUUCUUCCUCAUAGGCAAUAUGAUGGAUCUGACACAUGAUCAUCUGCCAAUUCACCUGACCAAUCUGGCACAGCGGUAUGGAAACAUCUACCGCCUGAAAUGUGGAAAAACAACCAUGGUGGUACUUAAUAGUAGUGAAUUCAUCAGAGAAGCACUGGUGAAAAAAUGGUCAGACUUUGCUGGGAGACCAGUUUCAUACACAGGUGAUAUUGUAUCUGGGGGAGGGCACACCAUCUCUCUGGGGGACUAUAAUGAGGAGUGGAGGGCACAUCGUCGUCUCGUCCACAGUGCUUUGCAGCGUUGCUGCCAGAAAUCAUUGCAUGAUGUGAUUGAGAGACAGGCACUGCAUCUGAGAGAGGUUUUGAUGGACUAUCAAGGCAGUGCUGUAGAUCUUUCGGAGGAUUUCACAGUGGCAGCCAGUAAUGUCAUUACCAUUUUGGCUUUUGGAAAAGAAUACGAUAAGAGUUCUUUGGAGCUGCAGCAGUUGCACAGCUGUCUAAAUGAGAUCGUUGCUCUGUGGGGCUCCUCCUGGAUUUCUGCUCUGGACUCCUUCCCACUGCUCAGAAAAUUACCCAAUCCUGUGUUUGCACGUCUCCUGAAAGAGGUGGCCAAGAGAGAUGAAAUAAUAAGAAAACAUCUCAACAAUUACAAGUCACAAUACAAAAAACAUGAUGAUGCCAUCACAGGAUCUCUCCUCCAGGGCCUUGACAAACAUCAGAACACAGAACAUGGAGUGCUCCUGACAGAUAUUCAUGUUCACAUGGCCACUGUGGACCUUCUCAUCGGGGGAACUGAGACCACUGCAGCCUGGCUGAACUGGACUGUGGCCUUCCUCUUGCACAGACCAGAGGUGCAGAACAAAGUGUAUGUGGAGCUGUGUACAGUACUAGAGGGACGAUACCCCAAGUACAGUGACAGACAUAGACUUCCUGUCCUGUGCUCUCUGAUCAAUGAGGUGCUCAGACUCAGGCCAGUUGCCCCAUUGGCGGUGCCACACAGGGCCAUCAGAGACAGCAGUAUUGCAGGUUACUCCAUCCCUAAGAACACAGUCAUCAUUCCUAAUCUUUUUGGAGCUCACCAUGAUCCUGCAGUUUGGACUGACCCAUACAGCUUCAAACCAGAGCGCUUUCUGGAAGGAGGAGGGGGCUCCACCCGUGCCCUGAUCCCUUUUGGAGGUGGGGCUCGGCUCUGCCUGGGGGAGUCUGUCGCCAAAAUGGAGCUCUUUCUGUUCACUGCCUACUUGCUGAGAGAUUUCCAGUUCAUCUCUCCUCCUGAGAGCGAGGCCUCUCUGCCUGACCUGAGAGGAGUUGCUAGUGUUGUACUCAAGGUCAAGUCCUACACAGUUAUAGCAUGUCCAAGACCUGAGUCAAAUCCCUGAACUACGGAGCGUGUACUGCUUACACGUUGCUUAAACGUUGUGCAUUUGUGUGCAAACAAUGAUUUUUUUUUUUUUACUUUGACAUGUAAAAAAAUAUAUUUACAGAACCUUCAUGUGUAUGUUUCUCAUCAAUACUUCUAUUUGGCUGUAGUUGGAUAUCCUGAUUAAAAUAGUCUGUUGAGUCUGAAUUUUUUACAGUUAUUUAUUUGAUCAUCUCUAAAUAAGAUGUCUAAACCCAGGCCAGACCUAAAGGAGUUGUGUCAUCUCUCUUGUAUAAAAGCUAUCCAAUAUGGGUGGGACCUGGUCAAGUGAAAAACUGACCUUAGAAAACCAACUUUCGCUGAUAUCUUUGGACUGGAGAAGCGCAUGUAUUUCAAAUUUCCCACAAUCAAAGAUGAUUACAACAGUGAUCAAUCAGGUGAUCAUAUGGAAACAGGAAGUGAGUAGCCAUCAGAAGGAAAGUUUAAACAAAUAAACACUGGUCAGCUGGAGCUUAUGUGAAUCAAAACUUGGGGUUUGAACAAGUUACUGUACACUGAAACUGUUCAAAUAGUUAUUUUACAAGAAGAAUAUCUGUCAUGGAGUCUGACAGCACCCCCCAGUGCACAUACACUGAACAUGCUGGGAAAAGUUUAGCAGACCUACUAGUUAUCACUCCUCAUCUCUGGUUGAGGCACUUCUUGUAAAAGUGUUUGCAUGUACACUACCAGUCAA